AUGAUGAACUUUACUGGACAAACAAGGCGAAGAAACGUUAAUCUGGGCACUCGUCCACUGACAACUAAGAAGGACCUCUUGCUCCGAGCCCAAUUGGAAAGGGAGAAAAGAGCCAAAGAUAGGACUAGGAUUAAUGCAGCUACCAAGAUUCAAUCAUUUAUCAGAAUGCAUUUAACAUGCCAACAGUUUUUUGCUCAUGACAUAUGGAUCUCUGAUAUGGAACAUUCUAUUCAUAUCUUUCCAGCUUAUGGUCCCCGAAUUUUAAAUUAUGACAAUGAGGAGAAUUUAAGUAAACUCCUGAAAUUGACAAAAUUAUAUAUGAUCGACUACUGUAGUGGUAGCUUCCGAAAUUACUUUGCAACCAAACUCUUAAGCAGGAUCAAAACUUGCUGUAUGUUGUCCACAGUGCUAGAUAUAAUUGAUAAGGACACACUUUCUAUGAAGACGUUUAUGCAAAACGGGCUUAUACCGUUUUUAAACCAUUUUGAGCAUGUUAAUGAAACAGAAGCAACAGUCUCACUCAUUUUUGAGUAUCUUUGCUCAUGGUAUAAAGAUGAUUUUGAAGCAAAGAGUAUAGUCCAACUAGAGAUUUUUCAACUAAAUAUUCAUCGAUGUAAAUCGAGGGAAUUUAUAGAAUUUCUCCUACUCAAUUCGUUUUUGACAUUCGAGUCAUCUGUCUUCAGUCACCUCCUUAGAGAGCCAAUGAGGGUGUUAGAAAAUUAUUUUAUUAUUUAUGGUCAACUGAUGAAUAAAGAUACUUUAAACUUGCGCCCUUACCUUUCAAACGCAAAUGCUAUGCACUUGCUUGAAAGGUUGGUUAAGGAUAUAUAUUACAUUUUCCCCUUAGUGUCUAAGGACUCUAUGACUUGUCUACCAACCAAAGAUGCAUAUCACAUUAAAAAUCUUUUUGAAUCCAAAUUUAUUGAUACAUUCCUUGAGAAGAGACCAUCCUACGAACAUGAGGUGCAUUUUAUGGGAUGGUAUAAAUUUCUUCAACUAGCAGAUAUGUGUAAUAAGAAGACAUCAGUACUUCUAAAUUUUCUAUCAAACAAAUCUUUGAUGUUUGAACUAUUCACCUCAAUUGAUCAAUCUGACAGUAAGAUGGCAUUUCAAUUACUGAUAGAAUUGAUGGAUUUAUGGCUUUUAGUUUCAACAGAUUUUGAUCUACUUUCUGAUUCGUCUAAGAUAUCAAUGAACCAGUUAAUAUCAUUCACUAAAUCGUUAAAAGAUCUGGUCUUCCAUAAUCUUUGGGAUUUAUCCAAGGAUGAUAGGUCUGAGAAUUUUGAAACUGCAUUGCAUUUAUUGAAUAAAUUAUAUUUAAGAGAUUCUAGAAUACAUUUCGUCACAAAAAAAAGAAAUCACGAUGAAAAAGGUCAUGAAAUCAAAGAUCCUAACAUAACAACAAGCAAAGAUUUUUGGGCCACUGAUGAUCAGAAUUUUCUAAAGAUAAAUAUAUAUAAAAUUUUAUCGAAUUACGAUGAUGCAUAUAGGUCCAAAGCUGAAUUGAAUGAGGAUAAUAACGAGGAAGAGGCUGGUAUGGAGAAUGAAAAUAACACCAUGAAGAAAAGGAGCCUAAAAUUAGAAGUAUUUGAGGAAAUGUCUAGAAACCAAACUAGAAAUGAAACAAAGCAGCUUAGAAAAUUAAGCAUUUUGUUAAGAGUACCUUUCUUCCUACCCUUCAAUGAACGUGUUGAUUUAUUCUAUACUUUAAUUGCUCUAGAUAAACAAAGAUUAAACCUUGAUGAUCCUGAUAGAAAUAUGAUGUUCGAACUGGCUAUGCCAUGGAUGUCAAAUGGAAUGGGAAGACAAACAGCUGUCAUUUCCAGAGAGCAUGUAUUAGAGGAUGCAUUCAAUUCAUAUAAUAAAAUUGGCGAGAGAUUUAAAUCUAGGCUCUCAGUUACUUUUGUCAAUGAGUUUGGGCCAGAAGCAGGCAUUGACGGAGGUGGGAUCACUAAAGAGUUUCUAACUAGCGUUUCAGAGGAAGGGUUUAAAAAAUCGGAAUAUAAACUUUUCGAAACAAAUGAUCAAUAUGAACUAUACCCAAGCACUGAUGUUACACCAGAAAAAUUGAAGUAUUUAUGGUUUAUGGGAAAAAUUGUUGGGAAAUGUCUAUAUGAACAUGUAUUAAUUGAUGUUAGUUUUGCAAAUUUCUUUUUGAAGAAAUUAUUGAACUAUUCUAACAACUUCCAAUUAUCCUUUGAUGAUCUAAGCAGUCUAGAUUCAUCAUUAUAUAUGAAUUUGACCAAAUUACUGGCGAUGACUGAUGAAGAAAUCCAAUCUUUGGGACUUACAUUUGAAAUGACGAGUAGUACUAAAGAUAAACCUAUUGAAUUAAUACCUAACGGAUCCCAUAUUCCAGUAACAAAAGAAAAUGUCCUUCAAUACUUAACAAAGGUUAGUAACUAUAAGUUAAAUGUCUCGAUGUUCAGACAAUGUGUAAGCUUCCAUGGUGGAUUAAGUACAAUGAUAUUGCCAACGUGGGUGGAGAUGUUCAAUUCAAUAGAAUUGCAAAUGCUUAUAUCAGGGGGAGGUAAAGACAUAGAUCUAGAUGAUUUGAAGAACAAUGUAGAAUAUGGUGGCUUUUCGUCGGAUGAUAAAACAAUUGUUGCUCUGUGGGAGAUUAUGGCAGAAUGUAACACGGAGGAAAGAUUGGCAUUUAUAAAGUUUGUCACAUCUGUUCCACAAGCACCAUUACAAGGUUUCCAGGCGUUGGAACCCAGAUUUGGUAUACGCAAUGCAGGUACCGAAUUGGAUAGAUUACCAACUGCUUCCACCUGUGUAAAUCUUUUGAAACUACCAGAUUAUCAAGACAAAGAAUUGUUACGUGAAAAACUACUGUACGCUAUCAAGUCAGGAGCCAGAUUUGACCUUUCAUGA